GAUUACACGUUGUGGUUACUUGUUUUUAGUUUGCAAGAGACUUUGUCGAACGGUAUAACCAGAUCAGCCAAAAGUCAUGGAAUCUGAAACGGAAAAUCAAGAUCAUACUGCCUAUAACAAUUUCUUCUACGCUACCGUGUGUCACGUUUGCAAGCGGUUUAAUGGCGACGUCCUUUUGAUGAGGUGCAGUGGUUGCUUCUUGAUUUCCUAUUGCAGUGUGGAACAUCAGAUGCAACACAGGGAGCAGCACGAAUUGUUAUGCAACGUUGCAACGGACUUAUUUCAACCCUUCUAUACGGAAAGUUGUGAUACACCAUUGCUGGAGUGGGAAGAGAAGCUAUCUUUUAAACGGCAAGUGCGAAUGAGGAUGGGACGGAGGUUGGAGAUAUAUGAGAAACAGAUGAUUAUGUUUCCAAGGGAGUGCAUCGUCUGCAAUAAACCGGACAGUCUAUCGCUGAUAGAUUGUCGAGAUUGCGCUGCCAGCUUCUGUGAAGAUCACAUAGAUAGUAUUCAACAUAAGGAUAUAUGUGGGCCGCUGGGAUUGUGCUUUAAGUUAAAUUUAUCACUUUUUAACGUGAAGAGCGAACUGACUCUGUGUUACUUUGAGAGAACGAGUACGUUUCAGGACAUGAAUGGGUUUAUAGAUACUUGCGUGAAUCUUAACGCCCAUCCUGAUAUAGCGUUCGAUUUCUUAAAAUACGAGUACUCGCAGCAUCUCUUUCGUCCCCUGACGUUGUUUCAUGCUAUGCGAUUAUUAGAUUAUUCCCCAAAACGCAAAGAUUUAAUUAUUCAUGUUGUAAAUGCGACUCAGGCAGAUGUGGAUCUCUGCGCAGCAUGGAAUAUGCUAAUCAUGCUGAAAUUGAUAGAUGUAUCAUCAUUGAUAAUUGUAAUGAUAGGGCCAGAGUUCGAAUGUAGAUCCCAUGCGUUACCCGAGUCUGAGCGGCAAGAGAAAGAAUGUUUGUUUGAGUUUCACGUUAUGACAUACUAUGACUACACGCAGAGCCCGUCGUUCGUGAUACCGAACCUGGUCAUCGGAUUUGACUCGCAUAUUAAACCGGUUCUACUUAAAUCAUGUGAGGAAAUCUGGGCACUGACCAUACCGUGCAUAGCGUUAAUAAAAUGUCCUUUUGUUUUAACGAGUUGCACGCAAGAGUAUUUAGAUGUCGAGACACAAACCAUAAACAUCCUUCGGGAGAAGAACUUGGACUACAUCUAUAAAGGCAAGAAUCCAUUUGCUAGUCUCAGACCGCAUAGAGGUAUCGGAUCGCAGAAAGUGUUUUAUAUGAGUCAAUAUCUAGUUGUUUAUAAGAAUUUGUGGGGAUAAUUAGGCGUCUUUUAAGCGACUGACACAAAUUAUCCAGAUACCAAACGUAUGUCUAGAAGAAAAUUGUUAGAUAUUUUUAUGUUGUUUUUCAGUUGUCUCUUAGACGUUUGUGUCUAAAUGAUAUCUGUUAAGGACGUCUUUAUGAUGCUUUUAGGCACGUUUGCUGUCUGGGUAAAUGCGCUGUGUUUGAUAGCCAAGAAGACAAAGUGCAACGCGAUAAACAAAAGACACGAGUUAAAUCGAACUUAACUUUUAAUAGACGAAACAGGAAAUGUAUGUAAGUUUAUAAGUAAAUUUGUAAGUACAUGUAACCGUACAUUGCGACGUUUCUUCUCGAAACAAAAGGUGCAUUGCAUUUCAUGCACAUCUUGCAUAAUUUAUCCUAGUUUAUUUAACAUUUAGUAAAUAACAAGGAUACAUGAUAUAUUAUUCAUAUCACGCAUGAAAUGGAACGCACCUACAGAGACUUAGACCCGAUAUUCCACGGAAAACUUAUAUAUUUAUAAUCUAAACAGAUUUAGAGAUUAUUUUCUAUGACACGUUUAUGCAGUAAUUUAGUAAUAUCAUGACAAUAAUUUAUUAAAUACAAUUCUGUAAUAAUGACAAGACUUUUCCAAAAUUGCUUGUAAUAAAGAU